AUGAGGAGGGAGAACCAGAGCAGCGGGUCCCAGUUCCUCCUCCUGGGGCUCCCCAUCCCGCCAGGGCAGAAGGGCCUAUUCUUCAGCCUGUUCCUGGGCAUGUACCUGACCACGGUGCUGGGCAACCUGCUCAUCAUCCUGCUCAUCAGGCUGGACUCUCGCCUGCACACGCCCAUGUACUUCUUCCUCAGCCACUUGUCCUUCACUGAUGUCUGCUUUUCAUCUGUCACUGUCCCUAAGAUGCUCACAAACAUGCAAACCCAGCACCCAUCUAUCCCCUAUGAAGGCUGUAUUUCACAGACAUAUUUUUUCAUACUCUUUGCUGAUCUGGACAGUUUCUUGAUCACAUCAAUGGCUUAUGACAGGUAUGUGGCCAUCUGUCACCCUCUGCAGUACACCACCAUCAUGAGUCAGAAUGUUUGUGUCAUGCUGGUGGCUGGGUCCUGGGUCAUUGCUUCUGCUUGUGCUCUUUUGCAUACCCUCCUCCUAGCCCGUCUGUCCUUCUGUGCUGACCACACUGUCCCACACUUCUUCUGUGACCUUGCGGCCCUGCUCAAAUUGUCCUGCUCAGACACUUCCCUCAACCAACUGGUAAUCUUUACUGCAGGAUUAACAGCCAUUAUGCUUCCAUUCUUAUGCAUCUUGGUUUCUUAUGGCCAUAUUGGGGCCACCAUCCUCCGGGUUCCCUCUGCCAAGGGCAUCCGUAAAGCUCUGUCUACGUGUGGUUCUCAUCUCUCAGUAGUGACUCUGUAUUAUGGGGCAAUUAUUGGUCUAUAUUUUCUUCCUUCAUCCAACAACAGCAAUGACAAUAAUAUAAUCGCUUCAUUGAUGUACACAGUGGUGACUCCCAUGCUGAACCCCUUUAUUUAUAGCCUGAGAAAUAAAGACAUGAAAGGGGCACUGAGGAAAUUCUUGCAUAAGAAAACAUAUUACUCCAGCUGA